AUGCCCUCCAACAACCUCCACCUUCAACUCCUACUAUUCAAUUUCAUCAUACAAUCAGCAAGAUGCGAGAAGCUCGCCCAAUGCAAUGUGGCAUCGACGGAUGUCGCACAAAAUCCGAACUUCAAUCUCGCUCGCCCCCUUCAGCAUUUCCAUUCGAUCGAGUUCACCGGUCAAAUCGGCGACGAAAUGACGCCACUCGAACCAAACACGAACAUCAAUCUCGUUCGGCCCCUUCAGCAUUUCCAUUCGAUCGAGUUCACCGGUCGAAUUGGCGACGAAAUGCCGUGGUACUCGUUCAAUUUAAUGACGAUGAAGGAUAUUCCGUUGCACAUGAAAAAAUCGGGCGAAGGAACCGUUUACUCGAAAUUCGAGGAUGAAAAAUGGCCACGACGUGAGCCUGAAAUGGAACCUGCUCUCAUCGGCACGAACAGUGCGUUCAAUGUCACCGUCAAAAAGACGCCCGACGAAUUCCAUGUGUUCGCCAACAACACCCUAAUGAAAGUCUAUCCAAUACGAAACGAAAGCUCAUUGAUUGUCACUGUGAACGUCAAUAACAUUUCCAGCAUCACCAUUAAACAAGUCCGCGACGAAUUCGCGGCUUGCUCUCCUCCGGCUCGCUGCUCACUUCCGGAAGUGGACGUGAUCCAAUCAAUCCCCAUAUUUAUGAAUGGUCCCCCAGCGAUGUGCCGACUACUAUUCCCAUUGUCGCUGGUAUGGCUGGCAAACGGGUGUCCAAAGGGAUGGCAUCAAGACGGUCGCACGUGCUAUCAUUUGUCGCGUCGGCGGAUGACGCUCAACGACGCGCAUCGCUAUUGCCAUCGGCUCGCCAACGACUCGCACGUGCUUCGCAUCGAGUGCGGCAAAGAGAACGCCUACAUCACACAGUUGGGCCGACGAACGCAUUCGAACGUGUGGAUUGACGCGCGCGCGCGUUUCGACAUUGUCGACGGCUCGGCGGGCCUCUUCGGUCCCGGUUUCGUUUAUCGUUGGCCGAACGGCAAAAUCGUGCGCUACAGCAAUUGGGCGCCGGGCAACGGCAUCGAGGAGAUCCACAAAAAGGACAAGUGUGUCGCGAUGCGCUCCGACGGCACUUGGAUCAACGCGGCGUGCGCCACACCGGCGGCGGUUGUGUGCGAGAAGCGAAUGCAUCACGCGGCGGCGAAGAAUUGCCCCAACCAUUGGGUGCACAACGAGCGAUUCCAAUCGUGCUAUCGGACGUUGUCCAAAACGAACAUGACGAUACUCGAAGCGGACAAUCGAUGCUUCGAUUAUGGCCUCGAGCAUCGUCAAGACGCGAUGUUGACGAGCGUCGGCAACGCCGACGAGAACGAGUUCAUCAUGAAUCUCGCGAAGGCGACGAAUCCCAACGUCGAGUUCAUCUAUCUCGGCGGUUACGGUCGAUCGAACAAUGGCCACAAAUGGCAUUGGAUGGACGGCUCGGCGUUCGACUAUCUCAAUUGGGAUCGCGGGAUGCCGUUCGGGCGGCGCGCGUUGGCGGUACUCGUGAUGAAUCGACGCGGCAAAUGGAUCAAUCAUUACGCCGACAAAAUUCUAUCGCAGUACAACGCCGUCGCCGUGUGCAAAUUCAAGACCUAG